AUGAUCACCCGCGUUGGCGACGUCGAAUCGCCGAGAAGAGGCAGUCCGAGCGAGGUGUUCUCCUCCGACAUCAACAAUAUUCAUCGGAAUCGGAAGGAGGCCAAUAAGAAGGGGUGAGUGAUAAUAUUGAAAAGUUAUAGUCUUAUCGAGUAAAUCUGCAUUUAUUCAAAACGUUGUAUCUUAACUGUCUGUGAAGAUAUCAAAACGUUGUCAAGUGAUGUACACAAGAUGUACACAAUUUCUCAAUGCUUUGUCAGUUUACACCUUUUUGAAACCUCCAAAAGCAACUGAGAUAUCCUGUCUUGAAUGAACGGUACAAUAGUUGGGAUUCCGACCAAACGUAGGUAACAAUAAGAAUCAGAAGGUCAAUGAUCUUGAACUUGAUGUUGAACAUUUGUAAUCCAAUUUAAAGUAAACCAUUUCUUUCUAUUUUCUGCCAAAAGAUCAGAAUGUGUCCAUCGAUCAAAUGUUUGUUCACUCCUACGGUUUGCUCAUUGUCAAAAACUGAGCGGGGGAGAGCUCCCGGCGCGGGCAGCUCGCAGCAGCAGCAGCAGCUAUUUCUAUCCUCGCAGAUAUAUUAUAAGCAUGCGGAUCAGUGUGGAAGAGACCGAUUCCAUCGUCUACUUUCCCACCUCGCCACACUCCGAGCCCGUCAUCGAUAACAAUCGGAACGCGGCGUCGGUGUGCUCGACGAGCCUCAAAAGUUGUGGUCCGUCGGCGAAACGGUUGCGAACGUUUCGCCGUAAUGUCUACGCGUUCGGUCGGUCGAGAAGGUACUUGGGUCUGGUAGUGGGAAAACCAGUUGGUGCGUCAGGUGAACACGCCUUCAAAAAUGAUGUACUCGCGCCACUUCCAAAAUCAAAAUCCGACUAGCGGAGGAUUUGAAGGAGCGGAUCAGAGAGGAAGGGGAGCUCCUGCCGUUUUCCUCAUUUCUUUUGACUUUAGUAUUCAUCCAAUACCACUAGUUGGACAUGCGUAUCGGAGACAAUAAGUUUGUUUUAUGUUGAAGUCUAGUAGCGUCUAUUCAAGAAGAUGUAUCUCAGCUUCCUGUAGAGAUAUCUAAAAGUUGUUUAGUGAUAAAACACACGAAAUUUCCAGAUGAGUAUUUGAUUAGUUGAUAACUUUUUGAUAUCUCCAAAGGCAGAUGGGAUAUAUUGUUAUGAAUGAACAGUACUUCUAAUACACUAUGUCCGGUAUGUAUAUGCUGACUGAUUCCAGAUGUUCGAAAUGGACGACGAUAGCGUUCGGAGUGCUCGCCUCGCUCUUUCUGCUCUCCACAAUCGCGCUUGCCAUUGUGGUCGGCAUCAAAUACAGCGAAGACGAGAAACCGAUCGAGGUGAGUAGCGGAGUUCUCCGAUUAAUCCGUCGACUUUGUGAGGGGUUUAUUUGGUUACUCAAAAACAAAGAGUUAGUACAUGACAUUUGAAACAGAGAGUUAAUGGGUCGUUGGGCGAAGAGACGAGACACGUCGAAGAGCUCGGAACGACUACGAUCGAGGCGGAAGUCACGACGACCAAAAAGACGGUACACAUGAGCAUCGUGUCGUACUUUGAAAUCUAACCGCGUCUUAAUAUAGAAUUUGAACUUGAGCUCAAUUGACAAUGAAAUUAGUCGAGUUGAUUUUCAGAUUGUGCAAAGAGAUGAGAGCGGAAAAGUGCAAUACGACUGGCCGCGGCCGUCCGGAAGUCUGUUCGCCCACUACAAAAAGGCGGCGGUCACUUCUGAUCACGGCCUGUGCUCGGAGAUCGGAAGAGACGUGCUCAUCGAGGGCGGCAAUGCUGUGGACGCGAUGAUCGCCGCGUUGCUCUGCAUCGGAACCGUCAAUCCGCAGUCGUCGGGAAUCGGCGGAGGAUUCUUGAUGACCCUCUACAAUGCUUCGACUGGCAUGUGCCAGACCAUCAAUGCUCGCGAGACUGCUCCGGCCGCCGCCACCGAAGACAUGUUCGUCAACGACCCGAAAGCCUCGGUCAUGGGCUACAAAUCGAUCGCCACACCGUCGGAACUUCACGGAUUCUGGACUGUUUUCAACCUGUACGGCUCGGGAAAAGUCUCGUGGUCGCGUCUCUUCCAGCCCUCGAUCACUCUCGCGCACGACGGUUUUCCAGUCUCCUCUAAUCUGGCGAUGGUGCUGGCCGACAAGGAGAAAUACAUCCGAGAGGAGUCGACGAUGAAGUGAGCGGAUAAUCUCAUCUCUCGCCACGCCAACACAUUUUUUUGCAGAGAUAUCUUCGUGAACCCGAAAACAAACCGAGUCUACGAAGAGGGGGACAUUCUGAAGAGACAGCGACUCGCCAGCACUUACAGCCUGCUCGCCAACGCCUCGGAUCCGGUCGAGCUGUUCUACAAGGGCGGCAUGGCUCAAACGAUCGCCGGCGAGAUCACGGACAACGGCGGAUUCGUAAACGAGUCGGAUCUCGCCGGCUACGAGACCCUUAUCGACGAUGCUCCGCUGCUGAGCACUCAUUUGCCAGGCGACUACGAAAUGUGCGGACCGCCUCCGCCGUCUUCGUUCGUCAUCACGCAGAGUAUCAUUCAAGUGAUGGCUCGUGAGUUGCCGUGCUCAAUCGAAUAAUAAUGCAAUUGAUUGCACUUUUGAGAGUUCUACAAAGACGGCCAGGUUGAUCUGGAUGAUCCGCUCGUCUACCACCGACUCAUCGAGGCUGAGAAGUUUGCCUACGCGCAGAGGACUAAGCUGGGCGACGUGAAAUUUGUGGAAUCAUCCAAGGCUUUGGUGGAUGAUAUGAUGACUGAGUGAGCGGAUCGAAAAAAGAAAAAAGAGGGGGGAUGACUUGAGGAAUGGGUUUUCAGAGAGUAUACAAAGAAGAUUGCCGCGCUAAUCAAGGACACCGCUCAGCCAUUGGACUAUUACGGAGGAGAAAAGAAGGAUAUGGUGAGUAGGGAGCAGCUGAAAUUGACUGGGUCAAAAUGAUGUACAGUAGCGUAAUUUCAGCCAGAUUCUGAAUUUGAGGAGCAGGUAAGAGAAGGGUGUACUUAGUUUUGAGUCUAUCGCUAUCUUAUCAUUUCAUUUCUCUUUCCUUUCAUCAAUUAGAAUCUUGGAGAUUUAAUAAAUUACAGCCAGACUCUGAAAGUAUCAACAAGGUGAGAAUGCAUGGAUGUUUCUGUCGUACCGUGGCGGACACUAUCAUUUUCUUUUAUCAUUUUCAUGUUCAUCUCUUCAUACACUCUGUUUAUCCUCUAGUGAACAAACAGAGUCGGAUGAUUUCAGGCCCCUGAUCACGGAACUUCCCAUGUUUCGAUCAUUGACUCCAAAGGUAAUGCGGUCUCUGCCACGUCGACGGUCAACCAAAUGUAAGGACUUCAAUACAGCUCACAAGCAACCUUUCUUUUUUGAAGUCUCGGAGCAAUGCGUGCGUCUCCUACUCUGGGAAUCGUCUGGAACGACCAAAUGGACGACUUCUCCACUCCGGGCCAGAAGAACUCAUUCGGAUACGCCCCGUCCGAGACCAACUUCAUCAAGCCCGGAAAGCGUCCGAUGAGCUCGAUGAGUCCAAUGAUCAUCUACAAUAAGAACGAGAACCGAGUGGAGAUGGUGGCGGGCGCAUCGGGAGGAUCCUACAUCAUCUCGGCCACCGCCCAGACCGUCGUCCGCAGUCUUCUGUUCAACCAGACCGUGAAGGCGGCCAUCGACGCUCCGAGGUUCCACAAUCAGUACCUUCCGGAGGCAACGGAGACCGAGGAGGCGAUGCCGCAGGCGCUGAGGAAUGUGCUCGUCGAGCAGUACAAACAGAACUUCACAGUGGUGCCACGCCAGAAAUCUGUCGUUCAGGCGCUGAUCGGUGUUGAAGGUAUGAGAACUGAGCAAAAACUGAUGUCAAAAAACUGCAUUUUUGAUUCAGGAUUCGUCGACGGCAACAGUGACUUCCGACGCAAAACUGCCACGUAUCCAGCCGGUUACUGA